AUGGCCUCCAGAGCCGCAGCAGGCGCCCGUCCCGGGGCCAGGUUCGCUCAGUUCAAGCUUGUAUUGCUGGGAGAGUCCGCAGUCGGAAAGAGUUCGCUAGUACUGAGAUUCGUCAAGGAUCAAUUCGAUGAUUACCGCGAGUCGACCAUUGGCGCCGCCUUCCUCACACAAACCAUCUCCCUGGACGAAAGUACGACAGUCAAGUUCGAGAUAUGGGAUACAGCCGGCCAGGAGAGAUACAAGUCUCUGGCUCCCAUGUAUUACAGGAACGCAAACUGCGCGGUCGUUGUGUACGAUAUCACUCAGGCUUCGUCGCUGGACAAGGCCAAGUCAUGGGUGAAGGAAUUGCAGCGUCAGGCAAACGAGAAUAUUGUCAUCGCCCUUGCAGGAAACAAGCUCGAUCUCGUGACGGAGAGCCCGGACAAGAGGGCCAUUCCUACGGCUGACGCCGAAGCCUAUGCACGUGAAGCUGGUCUUCUAUUUUUCGAGACAUCUGCAAAGACCUCUUCGAACGUUAAGGAACUAUUUACAGCAAUCGCGAAGAAGCUCCCUCUUGACCAGGCAGGUCCUCGAAACUUGCGCACAACUCCCCGUCCUGGUGUCGAUCUGCGGCCUGAAGCACCCGGUACCCAGGGUGCCGGUUCCUGCAAUUGCUAG